AUGUUAUAUAAAGAGUGUAAUGAUGCCAACCCAGUAGAUAUGUUCGAACUUAGUCCUAUGGAUGGGUAUGUUACAGUACACAGCGCCGUGACCUACUCAGAACUUUCAGGAACUGCAGCCUCAGAUUUACCGUUUGUUAUGAGGUUGGAUCAGGAUCCUAGAACUACUUGCUGGCCAGGAAGAAUGAUCUACCUAAUGACCACAAAUUUUAGUGAGAAACAGCGCUGGGUAGCUUCUUUAGAGGCAGCUAUAAAAACAGCUCAUAGAGGAGAGGUCUUCCGUCGAAAUAGACUACAGAUGAAUACUAUCCUGUCUAUGUCCUGUUCAGAUAGAAAAGAGUUCAACUGUUCUUUAGUCCUGUCAAAACAGCUAGUAUUACUGGGAGCUGAAGAGGGGUUAUUUGCGUUGACUAUUCAAGAUAAAACAAAUGAGCUGAUUCAGCUGACUGGAAUAUCCAGUAUACAUCAGAUAUCUCAAGCCUCUGGUCUGGGUUUAGUUGUUUGUCAAGACAGAAAAUUAAUAAUGAUAGAAAAAAAUAUAAUAAAAUGCCGAGUUUCCCAGGCUACCACACCAGAAACGAUUCCAGUUCCGUUUAAACAUGUUGAUGGUAUUCAGAGUUGUACAGUGUUUGAUGUUGGCAUGUGGGACGACGCCACCUAUCUCUGUGUAGGAAUGCCUAAAAAAGUAGUCCUCAUGAAAUUUAAUCCUAGUUUGGCCAUGUUCUGUUUGAGAAAGGAAUUUCCCAGUACAGAGCCAUGUAGUUGUGUAUGUAUAACAGAAUAUACAGCUUUAGUUGGAACAGAAAAAUUUUACUCCAUCAACAUGGAACAUCCUAGUUAUAUGGUUGAUUUUGUUGAUAGACAAGACAGUACCUUAGCGUUUGCUGCAUUUGGUGCUGCUAAUCACCAUAGUUACCCACUAGCUGUUGUCCAGGUGUCACCAGCUGGUCUUCCGUUAGAGUUUUUACUCUGUUUCCAUGAAAUUGGUGUCUUUGUUAAUAACAAAGGACAGCGAAGCCGACCAAAAGAUGUGAAAUGGAGUGGUCUCCCCUUAUCAUUCGCUUAUAAAGAACCAUUCCUGUAUAUUACCUAUUUUAAUUCAAUACAUGCCACAGUGGUUCCUGCUGAUAAAGAAAGUGUUAGGUAUGUAGUUUCUAUCUCACAGCGCCAAAUUACAUUCAUCUCACAGGUUUACCAAGUACCUGACACAUUUCAUUCAUGCACCAGGGUACUCCUGUAA